CCAAGAUGGAUGUCCAGACAUGGUAUUUGAAAACGUCCAAGCUGGCACUGGCGUUGGCCAUCAUCCGCUCAAAACCAGCAGACAGAAGCAGCAGAGAAUAUGCAGAGCAACUGGCCGUCUUGGUGACCCAGCAGGAUUCCAGAGGGAAAUCAAAAGUUGAAGCUUUAGAAGCCGAAGUUCUACAAUUACGUCAACAACUCUUCCUGAGUCGGAUUUCCUCGGGAUUGUUUAAGAAUGGACAUGAUGUGCUCCCCCCAUUGCCAGAUCAGGAACCUAGAAGUUCUGAAAAUACUGUGGCUUUGAUGGAUGAUUCUGGAUGCGUCUUGUCAAGUGAGCAAAGAAGCGAACCAGCAGAGUUGUCCCCGCAUCUUGUAGAGAGCUGCAGCCCCCCACCCCUUCUGCCACUGCCUCUUGAGAAGAAGCCCUGCACCGCGCUGGGACAUCCUCCGUCUUCUCACAUGCAGUUCUUGCAGCAUCUGCUUGAACUGAAGAAGCUGACAGAAUCCAGUGGUCUGAAAAUAUACUUGAGCCACUUUGAGAAAGACACCUCCACAGUUUCUGAUUCGGUUACACAGUUGUUAGAUGGCCUUAUCACAUUUUACCAUAACCCCAAACUCCCUUUCUCAAGUUUUUGGAUGGAAGCUGUUGGGACGUUAGCUAGACUGAUGAGUGAUUUUAAUUUAUCUAAUCAUAUUCUUAAAAAAUGUUCUAAGAAGUUGGAAGAAUUUGAGAAAACUCUACUGCAGGCUGUUUUAGGGAACGACAGUAUAAACCGGUUCCAGGUGCAGCAUCACAUCUCCCAGAGUCUAGUGACCCUAGGAAGCUGCAGCUUGUUGAGGAAGCCUAUUAUAUUGCUAUUGCUAUCAGAAGUGAACAGCUUUGUGGAUGACCUCGGAGCCAUCACUCAGGGUCAAGGCAAUUAUGAUGUGACUCGCUAUGAAAAUAUUUUCUCCCUGUUCUGGAUUCUGGAGCAGCUUUUUCAACAGGAAAUCCAGGGAGAUCCCUCUUUACACAUUGAUCACAGCAGCCCCGAAAUCCAGGCGUUUCUUCAGAAGCAUGACGAGACCAUCUUCCGGCUUUCAGAUGCAUUCCCUUUACUUACUUUUUACUUAUGGAGACUAGGCGUCCUCUUGACAUCAGCAGGGAUGGAGACGGGUGACGAGACUUUUUCUUAGCUGUAUACCAUGUAUCAGAAAACAGUGAGCUUAAACUUUGCAAAGAUAAUUUUAAAUGAAUAAUUUAAAUUGAUUGACCAACCUUAACCAUUAACUCAAUUUAGUGAUUUGCCUUCUGUAUAGAGGAUGAUGAAUCACUGUUCUGUAUUACAAUCGGUCAAUUUCAGUUGACAAUGCCCCUUACGUUCAUGUAUUGUAUCUUACUUUACUCCAUAGUCUAGCAAUACUCUCUAUAAUGAGCCACCCAUUGUCUGUCUCAUAAUAUAUAGUAAACUGUGAAAGAUUUCCAUCUGAUAUAAAUGCAAAACUUGUAAUCAAAUACAGAAUAUUAAACUUUUGUCAUAUACUUUUGUAUAUAACAAUAUAAACUUUUGUCAUUUUGUAUACAUAUAACACUUUAAUACAAGGUUUAAGUAAAUGGAAAAAAAAUAGAAAUUAUUAUGUAGUUGUAGUCAUGUCGUUUUCCUCUUAAAGGAUAGUUCUAUAGAAGGAGAAAGGGCUUUGGAAACCAAUGGUUUUUAAUUUUACAUAAUCAACAUAUUUGUUAAGUACUUUUGAAGUGUUAAUUAGUUCUUUAAAAUGUCUGUUUUUAAAACAAAUUUUCUGUUGAUUAAAAACAUUAUUGCUCCUAUGAUUGUUAAAAUGUAGUAAAGUUGCAUAUUAUUAAGUCAUUAGGGAUGCUUUUUAUAAAUUUUAAUAUCCUCUAAGAAAUACACUUUAUACUUAUUACAAGUACGGGGUUGAAUUUUUCCA